UGUUCCCAUGCUAUUCAUCUUUCAUCAGCUUCCUCAUCAAGUUGUCCCCCGAGACGAAUACCAGCAGAAUCAUGACAGCAAUCCUCAACACAUCGGAGAUUCCGAGCAUCACCAUCCUUCGACAAAAUAUCGACUACUGCGACCAAACCCUACCAAGAUGUAAAAAGUUACACGAAACCAUGCGAUACUUCCGGGCCUCUUUUACCAGUAGCAAGGGCAUGGAGGGCAAUAGUCUCAUUGACUGGAAGUCCACAAAACAACAGGCCGCACUGACGGAGAUGACGAACGCCUUCCUCGAGCGAGACGGCAUGGGACGCCAUUUUUGGCCGGAUGAUGAGACUUCUGAUCGCUUUAACAGACUGAAGUACUCGACUGACCAUGCACUUAUUAAACAAACCAUUCGGCAGUUGUUCUGGCGUAUGAACCUCCAGCACUUCCGCAACGCCAAAUACCGAAAGAACAAAGACAACAAGGACAGCACAGCUGAGGACACACUAGCUGGAAGGGGACUGAGCCAUGACAAUCCGAUAGAGGUUGACCCUGUCAGCGACGGGGACCCAUCUCACAAUGGCGACGAGAUCCCCGAAAGUCGCAGGUCGGUCACAGUUGCUAGCUUCACCGCCCAACAUGGCACCACCGAUGAGGGUGUGCCUCAGCUUGCUUCCAACGAUACUCGACCACAUGGGACAGGUGAUCGAGAGGCAAGCAAGGAUCCUUAUCGCGUACCCGAAAGCCCCGGAAUAGACGGAGCGGUUCGAACAAUUAGAGAGGCGUGUCCACCCCCCAGUUGUAUGGUUGCAUUGGCUAACAAACGAUAGG